AUGGGAAGCUCCUUAAGGAAAUGGCACCGCAUUUUAGGACUAACCAAACAACAACCCAUCUCCUGGCACCGCGACAGGCUUCGAGAAGAGUUAUCCGGGCGAAGAACAGCAACUACGAGAUGGCAACAGCCUAACGAGACCUCCGAUGUGCUGUUUUCUCUCAGCCAAGCGCGCCACGAUGGUUUCCCCUUACGCUUGCUACCGUCUAUGCUGGCCCCACAGUAUAUGCCUGUAUAUGCGUACAUGCUGGUGAAGUACACGUCACGCUGGAGCUUUUAUAGGGUGGUAAAUCCAAGGAAGAUUUUCUUCAAGGUUGAUGAGGUUGCGCUGCGUCAUGGAAUUGAUCAGGCGAGGUUUAGGAGGGUUAGUUGA